UCAGAGCUCUCCUGAUGUAUAUAUGCAGGUCCUGAGGUCGGAACUGGCCCUGUGAGACAGUAACAUAAUAAAAUUCUGACUUGACGAGCAGCAGUUCUCACUUUCCUACUUUUUUUGUGGGAAUGAGUUGCCAACCUUUUACUUCUGCUGAUACCUUUAUACCUCUGAACUCUGAGUCUUCUGCGACUCUGCCUCUGAUAAUGCAUCCCAGCGCUGCUGAAUGCCUACCCGUCUCCAACCAUGCCACCAAUGUGAUGUCUACAGCAACUGGACUUCAUUAUUCUGUCCCUUCCUGUCAUUAUGGAAAUCAGGCAUCAACCUAUGGAGUGAUGGCAGGUAGCUUAACCCCAUGUCUUUAUAAGUUUCCGGACCACACCUUGAGUCAUGGCUUUCCUCCCAUGCACCAACCUCUCCUGGCAGAGGACCCCACAGCUGCCGAUUUCAAGCAGGAACUCAGGCGGAAAAGUAAAUUGGUCGAGGAACCAAUAGACAUGGAUUCUCCGGAAAUCCGAGAGCUUGAAAAGUUUGCCAAUGAAUUUAAAGUGAGAAGAAUUAAGCUAGGAUACACCCAGACAAAUGUUGGGGAAGCUCUGGCAGCUGUGCACGGCUCUGAAUUCAGUCAAACAACUAUCUGCAGAUUUGAAAACCUACAGCUCAGCUUUAAAAAUGCUUGCAAACUAAAAGCAAUAUUAUCUAAAUGGCUGGAGGAAGCUGAGCAAGUAGGAGCUUUAUACAAUGAGAAAGUGGGAGCAAAUGAAAGGAAAAGGAAACGGAGAACAACUAUAAGUAUUGCUGCAAAAGAUGCUCUGGAGAGACACUUUGGAGAACAGAAUAAACCUUCCUCUCAAGAGAUUAUGCGGAUGGCUGAAGAACUGAAUCUUGAGAAAGAAGUAGUAAGAGUUUGGUUUUGCAACCGAAGGCAGAGAGAAAAACGGGUGAAAACAAGCCUAAAUCAGAGUUUAUUCACUAUUUCUAAGGAGCAUCUUGAAUGCAGAUAAGACUUCCUACAGUAUAAUGGCCAGAUUUUCUAUUUUUCAUUCCUUUCUCUUUUCUGAAAUAGAAGUGAGUUAUUAGGUUGACUUCAAAAAUCAUUUUAUACCAAUAACUUUUGGAGAAGCUUUCCUUUUGUACUUUUU